AUGACCGCGGUAUGGAAAUGCGUUUGGGCGCUUCUGUAUCUUGCAAUAGUUUCAAAUGCUUAUACAGUCAUAAGUGUCGAUCAACGCCUAGUGGGCGACGAUGUUACGACGUUUUCCGACCUUGCUAUUGCUUGGAGUACUUUGACUGCUCUCAAUAGUACUGAUCAAUUUCAUAUCGAUAUCGCAACCGGCAUCUACGAGCUGCCGCCCGCAAGUGUCUUUCAUCUGACAACCGGGAGCAUCAUCAAUGCUGCCAACCUCUCCGAAACCGUCACCAUAGUGGUCGGGGGAGCAGAGAUUACGGUCAAUUCGGCAUGGUGGGAAUUCAACGGCAUUAGCAUGGACGUGCAAUCGGAUGCUGCAUUUUCGGUCUCUGCAUCCGCUGGUGGUUCCAUCACUUUCACCGGUUCGUCCGUUUCUGGAACUUCCAAUAGUCAAGUUACAGUUACGGGCGAUAACUCGACGAUUGUAAUAUCCGAUUCUACAUUUACUGAUCUGUAUCUCGCAAUCGGAGGAACCAGCUUGAGCUCGCUGAGCUUCAGCAGCAUUUCGCUGUCCAAUUGCACAUAUAUACCUGAUCUCCCGUAUAAUGAGGAAUGUUUUGCACCAAUCUUCUUUGCUUUAAGGACCUCGACGUUGGUGAUGAACAACAUUUCGUACACCAACAAUCACGGCACCUUUUUAUACGCCUUGGAUUUUGGGGAGGCUUCGUUGACCAAUCUGACCGUCGCUGAUUCAACUUAUCCAUGCGCGCUGAUCAUCGUAAGGGGGGGUACAGUGACAGGGACGGAAAUUGAUGUGAUAGGAAACCAAGUCGAAAACCCAGGGGACGUUGCUGUGAUUCGACUGUACAUGGAAGCCGGAGGGCCGACAAAUAGCUCGUGGAAUAAUUUGUAUCUGAAAGGAAAUGGUGCUCAAACCGGUCUUUUGGACUAUGUCAUUUGGUUCCGGGAAGAAACUCAGCUGCCUAGCGUCCAUACGUUGAGCAAUGUCGUCUUUGAAGAUAAUACGGCAUUCUCGUGUUUUAGAGCUCAAGGUGUUGCGCUCACUGUUGAUAUGAAGCAGUUCACACUAUCUGAAAACCAUUGCGGGAAUUGGGUGGAAAACGGCGCCCAUAUAAAUGUUGAAGAGGGAAUGUUUGAAGGGAAUAUAAACGUCCUCGGAUAUCCGUUCUGGUCGAUUUACGGAGAAACGACUGCGUCAUUCAAUACCUUUACCGUGAAAAAUCACACAGAACAUAGAGACAAUUUCCUUACUGUCGACUUUGAAGCGAGCGUGACCAUGGACAAUUGCAUAUUCCAAGAUUCCUGGGCAUAUGUCGGAAUGUUCUCUAUUUAUGGGGAGCUAUCCAUGAGCCAUUGUCAGAUUCACACUACCACAAUCAUGUCGGGGUCACUCUUUCGUUUUGAAGACCCUUUCGGUACGCCAAAGAUAUCAACGUUGUCCGAUGUGCAUAUCUCUGACGUGACGGCGGGCUCGGGUCAGAUGGUAUAUAUAGCAUUGGAUCAAACACUUCAUGUCCAAGAUGGUUCCACUUUUUAUAGGAAUAAGGGCUCCCUGUACGCGGAGGCAGGCGCUUCCCUCAUAGUGGAAUCCACUGUCUUCGGAGAUAAUAGGCCAGUCGGUGCCAUCAACGCCAACGGGAACGUUGAUGUGAACAAUUGCACGUUCCAGAACAACUACCAAUCCGACAGCGGUGGUGCAAUCAGAUUUUCCCCGAAGGACUCUAUCACGAUGCUAUCCAUUCGCAAAUCGACUUUUGAAUUGAAUGAGGCGGGGCUAGAUGGCGGGGCAAUUGCAGUUAACCUGCCAUCAACCUCCCAGUUCUCGAUGGAGGAUCUGACCUUUAGAAGCAACCGCGCGUAUCGGGGAGGUGCUAUAUAUCAAAUGAAUGGUCUAGUUGGGCUUGACAAAAGCAUGUUGACUGCUGCGGCGUUCCUCAAUAACUCGGCAAUUUGGCAGGGGGACGACAUUGCCACUGGACUUGCAAGGAUUGAUAUCAGCGGAAUAAUGAAUAUUUCCCAGCUUUCGGGUGCCAUGCUCCCCGAUAUAGACAUUACAAGCCGCGAUGCAUUUGGUCAGUUGUUCAUCGCCCGCCCGAAUGAGCCGCUUUAUAUUGGACUUCAGCUAUCCGAUCCUUCUAUGGGGCAAAUCGUAGGCACACUCUCCAAACCUUCUCUUGGAGGCAGAGCCAAGCUUGGGUCCAUCAAGUUAUAUGCACAGCCCGCAAAGUACAACAUUACUGUGCGCUCGAUGACCGCAUAUUAUGAUCCAAAUGUUUUCCGGUCAAGUAUCCCAGUACUUGUUGAAAAUUGCACCGACGCUGGAAUGGAGAAUAAGAUGAUAGGGACCGGGAUUAAGUUUCCAUCAUGUGUCCCUAUUACGUGUACCUUGGGCUGUCCAAAAGCGAACGGAUUCUGCCAGCAGGACUAUUGCCAUUGCCAUCCUGGCAGAGACGGAGUGGAUUGUAGCAGCUUUACGGGCAUGCGGGACUCAAUUUCCGUCGAUCUGAGAGCUGCUGAGCUGGGAACGAAUUCUCUUUUCCGUAGGGACGUCUCAGCGUCGAUAAUUGAUGGAACAACACGAGAUAUGAUCCUCCAAAAAGUUGCGGAUGCCCUUCUCCUCCCGAAUAAACAAAUCUACUUCAGGUCGAUGGUAAACCACGGCGAUAUCGUGACCUUCCAAUUCUCCGUGAUCGAUAAAUCCGGGACGUUUGUUGAGGGAGUGGCAUUGGAGCCAUAUACUCUAACACUUUCGAAUCUGGCCCUGCCAAUAUCUGCAAUCGAUAGGACGGAUUCUGCGAAGGUUUAUAUCGAUAUUCGUGAAGGGCCGGUGAUUUUGAUAUUGGUGUUAGCGGCGAUCUCCAUCCUCAUGACCAUUGUCACGAUAGCUGCGUUACUCGUCUACAAAACCCAACAGGUCGUUAAAGCUUCCGCACCAUCGUUUGGCAUAUUGAUCCUGUGUGGCUGUCUCCUCGGGUAUCUUCUUCCCUUCCUCUAUGUCGGGCGUCCCAGCCAUAGUUCUUGCGUGGCUCAGAUAUGGAUUGGUGGAUUAUCUUUUUCUAUAGCAAUUGGCAAUUUGAUCAGUAAAAACUACCGUAUAUUCCGGAUAUUUAAUUCUUCAAACCAUGGCAACACAAGAGGAGCGGCAUUGCCUGAUCAUAAGAUUCUAAGGAUCUCUUUUGCUAUCCUCUUCAUGGAACUGAUAAUUGAUGCUAUCUGGACGGCGGUCGCACCGCUCCAGCCUAGUCUUGCCGAUCAUGGUACUGUGCGAGAAUGGACCUGCGACUCUACAUCUGCGGCGAAUGUCCCGAUGACCAUCAUAGCAACAACAUACAAGCUGUGCUUGCUUAUUUUUGCGUGCGGACUUGCUUACAAGACGCGAAAUGCCAACCUAUACUCAGAGAGCAAAGCGAUUACUAUCGCGUGCUAUGCCCUAGUGGUGUGCGCCGCCGUUGUACUGCCGGUUGUUCUUCUGACAAAUACCGGGGAGGUUUUGGCUUUCUAUCUCAAGUCCGCGGGAAUAUACUUGUCAGGUUGGAUAAGUACGUUCUUCUUGUUCCACACGAGAUUAUCGACGGCUGUCGCAGAAUCCAAGCCGCCGGGCUCUUCGGCGUGGAGCAAUGGAUCAGACGAGCGGUCAAAGAGCUGGAAGAGCAAAGUACUGAAGGAGAAAGUUCCUGAAGUUGAUGAUAAUAAGAAGGAAAAGAAGGCUGAUGCUGGUUAUCUAUGUCAUGUCCUCACCCGAGGGCUCUUCAGCGAUACGUGGGUACCCGCUAGAUUUUCCGUGAAUUCUUCAGGCACCACCUUUUUCAUCAAGGUGUCAAAACGAGCAAAGGGAAUCUUUGGGCAGUCCAUUCCAAACAUUGCGAUCAAGCUCCAGUAUGUAGACCACUAUGCAGUAGAGGACCAGUGGUCAGUCAUAUCGCUGGUAUCAAACUCGUUUUCGACCACCAUCAAAUUCCGUCAAGAAUCAGAGUACCAAUUAGUGAAACAAGUUACAGCUGAAAGAAUUAUCAAGAACUCAGAGGGAUCUUUUAUAAAGUCUGGCACGACAGAAAAAGGAACAACGUUGAGAUCCAAGAAGCAGUCUGCUAGAUCACCGUAACCCUGGCCAACUGGGUGCUUGCUUUCUGUUACAGCAAGUCUUGCUUUAAUAAAAGUGUCAAAUCUAUAGAUGAUAUUCAAUAAACACACUCUGGCAACCGUUGGAGCAAGAGCUUUCCAACUAUAGCAAGAAGCAGA